GACUGCUGCAGGAUGCCCGUUACUAUGUCUGUCAGAGCCCGGUGGCGAUUCAGAUAAACACCAAAUAAAACCUCCACCUCCAUGAGAGCUUCGCGAGGGGGAUGACGAGCACCAUGUCGGCCGCAGCUGUCGCGGUGUGGCUGUCCGCGGUGGUCACCAUCUUGUCGAGGGCUCACGCGGACCGCAACGUCUACCCGUCCGCAGGAGUCCUGUUCGUCCAUGUUCUGGAAAGAGAGUACUUUAAAGGAGAGUUUCCUCCCUAUUCCAAAUCAGGUGAAGCCAUCAAUGAACCGAUCACUUUCAACACCAACUUGAUGGGUUACCCAGACAGGCCGGGCUGGCUGCGUUACAUCCAGAGGACGCCGCACAGCGACGGAGUGCUCUACGGAUCGCCCACUGCAAACCAUGUUGGCAGGCCCACUGUCAUAGAGAUUACCGCCUAUAACCGACGCACUUUCGAGACAGCACGGCACAACUUGGUCAUAAACAUCAUGGCUACAGAAGAGUUCCCUCUGCCCUACCAGGCCGAGUUUUACAUAAAAAACAUGAAUGUGGAGGAAAUGCUGGCCAGUGAGGUGCUGGGGGACUUCCUCGGAGCUGUGAAGAACGUAUGGCAGCCCGAGCGCCUCAACGCCAUCAACAUCACCUCGGCACUGGACCGGGGCGGCCGCGUGCCUCUGCCCAUCAACAACCUCAAAGAGGGAGUGUACGUGAUGGUUGGAGCUGAUGUUCCCUUCUCGUCGUGCCUGCGGGAGGUGGAGAGCCCACACAACCAGCUGCGCUGCAGUCAGGAGAUGGAGCCGGUCAUCAGCUGCGACAAGAAGUUCAGAGCUCAGUUCUCCAUCGACUGGUGUAAGAUUUCUCUGGUUGACAUCAACAAAGUAGUCCCGGUAUACAUAACCCGUCCCGAUCCAGGCACAGGGAUCCUGCCUGAAUUCGGGGAGUACAACCCCCCCUCCGAGUCCUUGAAGAACCGGGACUACUUCUACGACUUCCUCAUCACGCUGGCCGUUCCCUUUGCCGUGGCUCUUGUCCUCUUCUUCAUCCUCGGCUACACUAUGUGCUGCCGGCGUGAAGGGGUGGAAAAAAGAAACAUGCAAACACCAGACAUCCAGCUGGUUCACCACAGCUCCAUCCAGAAGUCCACCAAGGAGCUGCGGAGCAUGUCCAAGAACCGUGAGAUCUCCUGGCCGCUCUCCACGCUGCCCGUCUUCAACCCGGUGAGCGGCGAGGUGGUGCCGCCCAUCCACCCCGACAACUACGAGACCACCAGCAUGCCCCUCAUGCAGACACAGACGAACCUGCAGAAUCAGAUUACGAUACCCCAGCAGCGGCCAUCAGGAGAUAGUUAUGUCAUGUCAACGUUUCGGAGGUUGGAGGUAAAUGGUAUUCCUGAGGAGAGAAAGGUGGCCGAAGCCUUUAAUUUGUGACCAGAGAACAACGGUGUCGGAGCUUCAGUAGUUUCCAUAUCUAUAUAUUUGUGUUUUUCUAACACUUGUGCCAAUCUGCAUGCCUCAGAAGUGUCUUUACAAAGUUUUAUCAUCCAUAUGCACUUACACCUUAAAGAGUGAGAGUGUGACAGAGAAUAUCAAAGCUUAGCUAAUGAUGAAGAUUAUAAAAUAUUUUGGAAUAUAUGUGUAAAUGUUGAAACUAGGGUGUUUGUAUUUUUACUUGCUUUGCACAAUGGACCGCCUAAAAGGAAAGAGAGGGAGGUUUUACAUGUGGUCAUGUCAUGUGUUAUAUGUAAUGUGUCACAUGAUGACAAUAAAAUAUUUCAAAGUUAUUUUUACUGGAUGUAAAAACCAUUAAUAAACAGGACAACCGUAAUGUGUGAAUGACAAAAAAGCACAUUAUAUGAAAUAAUUAACAAUGUACAACAGAAUAAAAGCAUUUAUAAAUAA